AGAUAGAUUUGCAUUAAACAGUAUUUGCAAUAUACUCGUAUGUGUGUAGCUUAUGUACGCAGUCAUGCAAAAAGGAAUAACACUAAAAAAAACCAUUGCUAUUGUAAAGUUGAGUUUGUUUGUUAUAUGGUUUUGGCCGCUACCGCAAGACGCAAAUAAACGUAAAGUGCUGUGCAUGAAGUUGUAUCAAUACAUCUGUAUAUUACUAACUAUAGCCGUAAUAGCAUCGAUGGUAUAUGGUCUUGUAAAGAAUCUAGAUGAUCCUGAGCUUGUCAUAAAAGCAUCAUUGGGUUUGUUCCCUUGUAGUCAUGUUAUCUGGAAUAUUCUGUGUCACAUAAUUAUUUAUCAACGUUUGCAAUGUAUCACUUUCAAAAUGGAAAAUUUUUGCGCGCUGAUCAAUGCUCAUGAAGAAGCUAUUGUUCAGCGAGAUUAUAUUGAUAAGUGUGCCAGCUUCUAUGGCUUUUGUAUAACAUCGUUCUAUAUGAGUGUUUUCGCUCUUUUUGUGGGACCUAUCCUAUUAGAUGAACCGCUUCCGGCGCCCGCUGAUUUUCCAUUCGACGCGUCUCGUCAACCGUUAUGGGCUAUUACAUAUAUGCAUCAAAUUGUGGUUGGUCUGCAAAUAGCGGCACAUUUAUGUGUAAACGCUUUCAUGGCCCUUUUGCUGUGGUUGGCAUCAGCAAGAUUUAAAUUGUUGAUUGAAGAUUUGCGGAUGAUUACAAACAUCUACGAUUUCAUGAAAUGUAUCGAGAAACAUCAACAAUUACUUGAGUACGCAAAAGAAGUAACUCUUGCAGUUCGUCCUUUUGCAUUGGGAACCGUAUUUUUCAGUACUGUAUCAUUAUUAGUAUUCGGCCUUAUUUUUAUUACAAGUAAUAAUAUUGCACAAAUAGCUUUUGAAACAAACUGGUAUGAUGAAUCCGAAGAUUUUCGAAAAAAUUUACAGAUGAUUAUACUAAGAAGCCAGAAACCAAUACUUGUUGUAUUACCUUGCGGCCUGCCUUCUUUAUCUUUACAUUAUUACGCAUCGUUGGUUACAUACGAAAUGGAAAAUUUCUGUGAAUUACUUAAUUCUCAUGAGGAAGCGAUUGUUCAACAAUACAUUGACAGAUGCGUCCACUUCUACGGUGGAUCUAUCCUCUGGCUCUACUUAAGUGCUAUUUUUAUUAUUACUGGACCUGUUACUCUGGAUCAACCGUUUCCGACAAACGCUGAAUAUCCAUUUGACAUUUAUCAUCAACCGAUGAAAUUUAUUAUCUUCGUAGAUCAGGCUAUUGUAUGCAUGCAAUGUGCUUCCCAGCUAUGUACAAACGUUUUUAUAGCUCUGUUGCUUUGGUUUACAUCAGUAAGGUUUGAGUUAUUAGCCGAAGAGUUUCGAACAAUUAUAGAUGUCCACGAUUUACUACAAUGUAUUCAAAAACAUCAGAAAUUAUUAAAUUAUCGAGUCAAACCAGUCAAACAUGAAAAAUUCGGGCUGCCGAAUAGUCAAAUCUCGGAAGGGCAACCACUAUCCAUGAAAAUUCAAUGCAUUGGUUUAAUUUUUGGUGGAUUAUCAAAAGUAUUUAUGUAUACAUGGCCAUCCGAGCAUUUGAUUCACAUAAGCAGUGAAGUAAGACAGGCAGCCUUUAAUACACAAUGGUACAAAUUAUCAAUUGCUAUACAUAAAAGUCUACAAAUAAUUAUGCAGAAAGCUCAAAAACCAAUAGUUGUCGCGAUACCGUGCCUUAUGCCUUCAUUAUCUUUAAAUUACUACGCAUCGUAUUUGUCAACUAUAUUUUCGUUCUUUACGACAUUACGAAUGGUCAUACAAAAUAGUCUAGAUGGAGAAUAA